GUUCAUUCUGUUGUCUGCUCUCAUUGGGCACUGGUGUUUAUUUUUAUACUUUCUUCAUUUUACUUGAUAAAUCAAUCUGGAGAUGUUAUACUUUGGAAUUUACUUUAUUUGGAGAAUUUUGCUUCUCUUUCCAGUCAGCCUGACUGCAAUGAACCUAAGUAACACAACUGUGUUUGCUAAAUUGGGAGAAUCAAUUCACAUGCCUUGCGUUUACUACAGCCAAAUGGCCAUGCACUUCUCCUGGUACAAGCAUGAACUUGGGUUAAAUCCCAGGCUUAUUGCUACUACUUACAAGUAUGAUAAAAAAGCUACUUUUUACCAUGAUUUUAAGGAUACUUCACGCUUUUCUGUGCUGAAUGAUAAAGGUGUGAAUCAGUUGGUGAUAAAGAACCUUCAGUUCUCAGACUCAGCAACAUACUUCUGUGGAAGUGCAUAUUCCAACGUAUUGGAAUUUAUCCAGGGGACAGAGUUGAUAGUUCAAGGUUUACAAAAUCCUUUACAUCCAUUUCAGCCGGGAGAGUCAGUGAAUGUGCGGUGUACUGUUCUCAAUCAGACCUGUGUGGGAAAUCAUAGUGUCUACUGGCUCAUCCACACAUCUCAACCAUCUAUUCCAAGAAUCAUUAAAGUUCACGGGAUGAGUAACACUGGAUGUGAGUGGAGCUCUGAUGCUGGUCACAGAGAACGUAAAUGUGUCUACAGCGUCUCGAAAAAAGUCCUCACCAUUUCUCUAGCUGAGACUCACUACUGUGCUGUUGUUGCGUGUGGGGACAUGUUAUUUGGUGAUGAUUCCACAGAACAGAUUUUUACAAUUGUUCUUUUUUCCAUUGUAAGAACAUUACUUUUUUUAAUCAUUAUCGCCACAAUUACAUUUUGGUACUGCAUACGUUCCAGAAGAAUGGAAAGGACUGAUUUUUCCCCACCUGGCCAGACGUUUUAGAAAGUGACCUGAAAGAUUAGAAAUGUUUGCCUAAAACGACACAUUUUAUUAGACAAUCCUUGUCUUACUUUAUUACUAUUACUUUCAUGGAGAAGAAAGAAAGUGGGCUUAUGUCUUUAAAGUAGAAUAUCAUUGGAAGAGAGUACAUUUAGAUUGACAGUUCUUUAAAUAUUAUUGGAGAAACUAUAUACAAGGCCAUGUUUGCAAAUCUCCCCAUGUCAUGUUCAAUCGGAGCUCUUAUAUAAUGGAAAUAUAACAACUGUGAAAUUGAC